CAACAGAGGACGAAAACAGAGAGGACGAAAACAGAGAGGACGAAAACAGAGGACGACAAAAGAGGACGAAAACAGAGGACGACAACAGAGGACGACAAAAGAGGACGAAAACAGGACGACAACAGAGAGGAAAAAAAAAGAGAGAGGACAAAAACAGAGAGGACGAAAACAGAGGACGACAACAGAGAGGAAAAAAAAAAGAGAGGACAAAAACAGAGGGGACGAAAACAGAGGAUGACAACAGAGAGGACGACAAAGAGAGGACGACAACAGAGAGGACAAAAAAAGAGAGGACAAAAACAGAGAGGACGAAAACAGAGGACGACAACAGAGAGGAAAAAAAACAUAGAGGACGACAACAGAGAGGACGACAAAAGAGGACAAAAACAGAGACGACAACAGAGAGGACGACAACAGAGAGGACGAAAACAGAGAGGACGAAAACAGAGAGGACGACAACAGAGGACGACAACAGAGGACGACAACAGAGGACGACAAAAGAGGAGACGACAACAGAGAGGACGACAACAGAGACGACAACAGAGAGGACGAAAACAGAGGGGACGAAAACAGAGGGGACGAAAACAGGGAGGACGAAAAGGGAGGACGAAAACAGAGGACGACAACAGAGAGGACAACAACAGAGGAUGAAAACAGAGAGGACGACAAAAGAGGACGACAACAGAGGACGAAAACAGAGAGGACGACAACAGAGAGGACGAAAACAGGACAAUAGAGAGGACGAAAACAGAGAGG